AUGGCCGACAAACGGAGGAGGAAAAGCCUGAGCAUCUUCCGCCAGAAAGCGAACCCCAGUCCGUCCAUACAAAUACCAGACAGUCCUUUGGGGAAACGACCCAACGACAUUCAGACUCCCAGUCCAGUCGACUCUGAGCAACCUAGCCCAAAGACUCGUCCCAGGACGUUACAAAAGGCAAAUCGGACUUCUGUCUUCGGCUCGCUACGCUCCUUACACUCUCUCGAUGAAGAAGAAAAGACUGCCUUGACAAGGUCGGAUUCUAAAGCUUCAUCUCUCCACGACGAAGCCGAAAUGAAUGCUAAGGGACUCUUUGGUUGCAAAGUUUUGCAGUAUGGAGAAGUCCAAGCUGCAGGCGCCAAUGUCUUUCGGAAACGAACUCAUUUUAUGGUGUUGACCGAAUCACAUCUCAUUCGGUUUAGAAGCCAGGCCAAAGCAGUCGAGAUGUUUCCGAGUAUUCCCAGCAGCCUCAAUCGGGGUCACGCUCCGCGGACAUCGUCAGUGAGUUCUUACCAAGAGCUUCAAAUGGCAGCAUACUCGGAUAUAACCUCGGGUAUUCCUCUCGAGCAAGUCAUUGCCGUGUACAAAAUCGACGAUGGGCGACCUUUUCUCGUGGUGGAAGUGGCCUACCUUGAUGAGCGCACCAGGAAGGCAUCAAUGAUGCAAUUGCAAGUCAACGAGGUCCGGGAAGCAGGCUUGUGGAUCUCUGCUAUCCGCUCAGCAUCUCGGCAGGCAAGGUCUCUCCUUCCAAGGCAAGUGCAGGAACAAACCAUAGAGCAUCUUGCCCAAGUCCUUGAACGGGAGAGAGAUUAUGACCCGGAACAUUUUCACGUUUUCAAGAUUGUUCAGCGCUCGGCCAGCCGAUCCGUGGGGAGGGCUUCAGCCGAAGAUCUGACCCGACUAGGAUCAGCCAUUUGCUAUCUAGCCAUUGGUCUUCACAGAGUUCACUUGAUUCCCUUACAACGGUCAGCAUCACGAUCGUCAAGCACCUCUCUGACUGAUAUUGACGCAACGACAUCCUUUGGCAUUGUCACCUUGGCUUCAAUAAAGGCUCAGGCCGAGGAAGACGCCUUUCAACUCCUGUUCAAACCUCCGACUGGACAACCGUACACUGCUCAAUUGGCGUCCUGUGCUGCCGACGAAAUUGCCUUGUGGCUGCGGUUUUCUUCGGAAUACCUGCGACCUGAGUGGCUUCGGCAGCCAUUUCUGUUCGAUGUUCCUGCUGAACUUGAUGACCGGAUGAACCCUCCGAAUUUCCCCCAAGAGGACCACGAUUGUUUCGAUCGCACGCUUAUUGCGUAUUGUGCAGGUUACGAUGUAGACCCCUCCCGAAUUUGUUAUUCUGUGGACUACGACUGCGAAGAUGCGCCUUGCUUUCAGCUGCUGGCCCCUGCGACUGGGACCUCGUACUCGGCGCUAGAACUGCUGGCUGUGUUCCGGGCUCUUCGCUACAACGAAUCGUUCACGUCAAUUUCCUUUGCUCGCAUCAAUCUUAGUCCGCUGAGACAUUUGUACGAUACUUUUGGAUCUGACCUGGACAGCCUAUUCACCCGGUCGGGCCACCCGACAAAUAUUGUUGGUCACCAAGACUUGCCUCUCCUCGGUCAAGAGAUUAGAGGACUGGCUCUGAAAAGCAGGAGAUUACGUCGGUUGGACUUUUCUCAUUCCAUCCCCAACAAAGCGCUCGCGGACGACGAACAGCCUCUAGAUUGUGGGAUCAUGGAGGCCCUUGCGCCGUUGUGCAAAAAGUCCUUGACCAAUGUUGACUGGAUUGUACUCACGGGGUUGCGACUGGCUGAAUCCGACUUGAAUUACCUUGUUGAUGCUGCGUCAGAGAGGAAAUGCCAUCUUCGGGCCCUCGAGAUUGGUGAAUGUGGCCUUUCGGUCCACGACAUCGAUGUGUUGCUGUCUGCAUUGGCGGUUCAGGAGAGUACCGUCGAGGUGAUCGAUAUAUCAGGAGCCCAGGGACGGUUCAGUCCGGAACUCUUUCAGCGAGAGAUUGGGGCUUUCAGUCGCAUCCGGCGACUAAAUCUUACCCGUGUUCAGAAGACGUCGGUUCCGGAACCCUUGGUGGCUCCAGAUGCGUUGUACGCCUGGCGUCUCGAGGCUCUCCAUUUGUCUCAAACGGCUUUGAACGAACAGACGGUAGACUCAAUAUCAACUUAUCUCGCUACUUCGAAAUCCGACAUUCUCCGAGAGCUCCAUGUCAAUCAAUGUGGCCUAACCGGUCGUGAUCUUGCAACCUUCUUCCAAUCCAUGACUAGAGAUAGCAAGCAGCCGCGAGUCAUGCACGUUAGUGCUAACGAGAAUCGGCUGAAGACAGGUAACACAGUACUGUUUAAAACAAUAGCUCAGAGUUAUGGACCCACUUCGUUAAGUAUGCGAAUGAUGGAUUUUGAGAAGGAAAGCCAUUUCCGUGAACUGAUCAAGGCCCUUACUAUUAACACUUCUUUGCGGAGUUUGGAUAUAUCUCGUGCUUCCCUCCCAUACGAUGCCAGCGUGGAAACCUGCGAAGCGCUGAAGGAAAUGUUUGCCACCAACAAGACAUUGGAAGAGCUGGAUAUUAGUGGCGAACAAGCACAUCUAGAUGCAACUCGAUUUGGCAUUGGACUCAACAUCGCACUAAGGGGGUUGGAGAAGAACAAGACUUUGAAGUUGCUCCGGAUUGAAUAUCAAAGCCUGGGCUUGCAGGGUGCAAACACGCUGGCUGAGGUAUUGGAGAAGAAUGAGACUUUGCUGGAGAUUCAUUGCGAGCACAACGACAUCAACCUGCAAAGUUUCACGGCGCUUGUGGAUGCAUUGGAGAAAAAUCACACCUUGCUUUACAUGUCGACGAUGGAGCAUGAUAGAGCAAAGUCGAUGGACAAAGUGCGGCGAGAAAUAGAGACGAUGGUUCGAGCAGAAAACCCCAAGUCAUCCUCCAAAGGGGGAGGAUCCAUCAAAAAGACAUUUACGGGGUCAUGGAUGGGGAAGACACAUCGCCCGCCGAUCCACGAGCAUCGCCAUCGUAGUUCCAUGUCGUCGACAGCAUCAUUUACCAACCAGGAUGUGGCAGCAGUUAUGAAUACCCUCGACGAGAAGUGGAACGUGCAAGUUGCGAGGAUGCAGAAAUACCUGUUCCGCAACUAUUGUCGAUCUCAAGGGGUACCUUGGGAAGAUGAGGGUGCUGUUGAGAGUGGUAGUCGCCAAAGCACCACAUUUGGAGAAUCGAUGGCACAGCUGCUGGAGCAGGCGCAAUUGGACCGAACUCCAACCAUGGCAAACCCAUCUGCGUUAGAUUUGAUUGAUGAAAAGUUGAGCGAUAAGGGCCAGCUUAUAUUUGAGAUGCCCGAAGAUUGA